AGAGCGCACCCAGCCCGCGGCCCCCAACUGCACCCGGACUCGCUCCUGCCCCGUAGCCGCGCCCACCGACCCCCGCGCGCUCCCACUCGCGCCCCUGCACCCCGCCGGCACCAUGCACCUCUCCCAGCUGCUGGCCUGCGCCCUGCUGCUCACGCUCCUCGCGCUCCUGCCCUCGGAUGCCAAGCCCGGGGCGCCUCCGAAGGUCUCCCGAACUGCGCCCGCCGACGGGUCGGUGGAGCCCCAGGUUGGGGGUGGAGGCGCGAAGAAAGGCGACAAGACCCCGGGCGGCGGGGCUGCCAAUCUCAAGGGCGACCGUUCGCGGCUGCUGCGGGACCUGCGCGUGGACACCAAGUCGCGUGCAGCCUGGGUGCGCCUCCUGAGCGAGAACCCCAGCGGGCGCAAACUCAAAGGCAACAACAAGAAGGGUUUGUCCAAGGGCUGCUUCGGCCUCAAGCUGGACCGCAUCGGGUCCAUGAGCGGCCUGGGAUGUUAGAGCGGCGGCCCCUGGCGGCUGGAUUGGGGACUGUCCAUCCUACUGACAUCAUCCCUGGCCGUCAGCCGUCCACAUCUGGAAGCAUCUCCACCGCACACGUGGCUUCUCCAUUUCUUUCCUUUCCUUUUCUUUUCUGGUACUGGGAAUACAUGACGCCAGCUGUGUGAUUAUUUGGGAAGGGGUAUGAUUUGUCUGGUUUUUUUUUUAAAUGAGAAAUAAAA